UACAACGAAAAGCAGAAAUGGCACCAACGACCUGUUGGUUCCGAUUCUCAUAAAUGGAGAAACAAGCACUGAGAGAGUUCCUCUUAAUGGUUACCAGAUGCUGGGAGAUUAGAUCUUUUCCGCGCACAGCUUUUGCCGAUCGUAAAGACAUAGAGCCACUUGUUGAUGCAGCAAAGCUUCAAGACCUCCUUCACUGUGACCUUCUCACAAAGCUAACCUACAAAGCCCCGAGGGUGGUUCUCAAGGUAGACACUCCAAUACUUAAACCCAAGCUCUGUCCUGCCCUUACACCACUAAUACUCGACCCAAAGAGCAAUGCCUUAGACACUCUUAAGGAACUCAAAUCCUUAAUGCAAGAAGUAAGUGACCCUGAACUGCGCGCUAGAUAUACAGAAUGCACCAAUUACUACAACAAGGUUAUGAAUUACCUUACCCAAGCUGAACAAAGUCUGAAGACCGAAUUCUUUACUGACGUUGCCAGAGCAGCUUCAAAUGCCUUGGAAAUGGUUGAGAGUUGUGAGGAUCAGUUUGAAGUGCCACCAUCUCAACCAUCCUCUCUUGAACAGUUGAAUAACAAGGAAAGAUUUAUGUCAUACUAUCUUCUCCAUAGCUGGAUCUCCGCCUUCAAUUGUUUAGCUAGCUUUUGAUUUAUCUUUUAUCGAUUUAUCUUCUAUAUUUAUGUGAUGACAUAUAUAUUUGCUGAAUUAGUUAACCAUAUAAAACCUUUCAAAUUCU